ACGCCCAGGUCUUGCGCAGGCGUCGUCCGUGGAGCGUUCCCGGAAGAGCUCAGAGGUGGGCGCAGUGUGGUCACAGCCCGUAGCCCCUGAGGCGAGGGGGGAUGAGGAGGAAGCUAAUGAGGGGAGCCAGAAAACUUAUAGCCCAGCUUUGAUUAAAGAUGGCUUCCUUGUUUACUCAAGAAAUUCACCUUUCUAAAAGACAUGAAGAAAUAGUAUCACAAAGAUUAAUGUUACUUCAGAAAAUGAAAAACAAAUUUGGAGAUGAAAACACAGAAAGGGCAUCUCUCCUCCAAGCCACUGAGACUGCUUCUAGAAGAAACCUCCGACUCUUGCAGGACAUAGAUGCUGCAGAGAAGGCUUUUCAGACCAAGCUUACCCCACACCCGCAGCCUUCGAUGCUUUCUCUUGAGACUCGUUACUGGGCAUCAGUAGAAGAACAUAUCCCCAAGUGGGAACUGUUUCUUUUAGGAAGAGCACCAUAUCCAAUUGGUGCUGAAAAUCAAAAUGAGGUACCGUUGGUUCAAACCGAGGCAAAGUCGUAACUUAUUCAUAUGCUCUUAAAAAUUUUUUUUUUUUUUUAUAAAACUAUGUAAGUCCAUGGCGGGGACAUAGGGAAGAAGUUUCAUUUUGUUAUUGUUUUCUAUUGUCUCAUUGUUUCCUCAGCAGCAGCAUCAGUUUGAGAGCCCUUGAAAGGUCUCAGGUUAGACCCUUGCACAGUCAUAGACUUGCCAAGAAAAGUGUAAAAAUUAAUGGUAAAACAUAAUGUUUGUUAAAUAUGGUAUUAAACCAGUGUUAUGUGUGCUUAAAACCCACACCCUCAUUCCCAGCUAAACAGGUUGGCUGCAGGCAUCCUUAAGUUGUGGUUUUUCAUCAUUCACUAUGGGAACAGAAGCAGGAACAAGGUGCUGGCUUCCUUACAUGAAAGUCUGCCACACUUAGCUGCUCUUGUUCAAUACUAGUUAUCAGAAAAUAGAUUCCUGGGGUUGUGUGCUUCUUACAGACUCCUCCAAGUCCUUAACUCUAAAGCAUUCAAUAUGUGGCCAGUUUGGGACAGCUCGGGUGGUUUUGAAAAAAAUCUAUGAGAGCUGGGAAUGGCUACUGAAUUCUGACAGGCUUAUUUGAAGAUUCCCAACCCUGUGAAAAUAAAUCCCCCUUCCUAAGUGUCAUCUUUCAACUCGCCCUCCCCUCCUUUCUGUUAUUAUCUCUAAAAUUUAAGAAUAAAACCCAGAAAGCUGUGGAUCACGGCCCUCUUGAGAGUCUCCAGUUCCUUCCUGGCUGCCGAGCACUGGGGAGAAGACAGAUCGAGCUUUCCUAGCUGUGGAGACAGCUUCUAGUCAGGAGCCUACACUGUUCCACAGUGGGGGAUUCUGAGUCACAAAUGUGGCUUCAUUGUGGUAAAGGUUCUUCUUUUGUUUUUGUUUUUAUUGCCUUUAAGAUAAAAAUCUCACUCUGUAGACCAACCUGGCCUUGAAGUCACAGCCAUUCUCCUGUUUUAGCCUCUGAUAACUGAGAUUGCAGGUAUGAGACCCAAUAUUUAGGUCAUUUUUAUAUUUAAAAGAAGACAACAGAAAAAGUUAAAAUGCAUAUAAGCCCUCACUACAACAAAAAACUAGUAAAUCAUCAAUUGUGUAACAUGUUCCUGUUCACUGCCAUCUUGGAAAUGUCCUGUUGAGUGGGUGUUGGUGUGGGUAACAAUAACAUUGUUUUCAUAAUAUGUGCUGGCAGAUUAGCACACUUCUCUGCAGUGUUAACAGUUGUAAUUAAGGAAUAAACAGCACAAGGUGUCAGUCCGAUGACAAUUUCAUCUAUAGUGUCACAAUACAAAAUGUCACAAAAUAUUAGAGCUGUUACAUAGCUAUAAAAAGUAUCGGCUUAAGAGCUGAAGGCAUCUUUAAGAGAGGAGACAGAGAGGAGGAAAUGGAACACUGACUUAGCGGCCAGAACAAUUUUAUACAUUCUCAAGACUGUCAUGAAAACAAAUUGAUAAUUUUUUCUGUUACAUUACAGUUUGGGCUCCAGCCAUGCAGUUGAUUUAGCAGAGAAAUGCAGGUUUCUCAGCAGCUCCAAAUCAGUAAACAGAUUUAGACGUAGACAGGAACACGAGGAAGGGUUCUUUUUAAACAUCCAGUCUCCCAGCAUAUGCACAUAAAAAGGUGAAUGAAGCAAUGUGAAACUUACUUCUCUUCAGUCAAGUGAAAAAGGCUAAACAUUUGUUAGCUGGUAAAAUAUUGUGUCAAGUAAGCCGGAAGAUUCCAAAAUUAAACAGUGGUUGAUAUGUUAACGUCCUCAAAUAUUUGAGUGCACACUUCCUUUGAGAUCUGUAAAUUAAAUCGCCAGUAGGUUGAAUUACAAUACAAAAUGAACGGCAUUGUAACCUCAGAAAAGGCUUUGUGCUUUCUUCCUCCCCACACUGAUUGACUCGCUAGCUUGGCUUGGGUAUUUUUUAAGUAUAAUCUAAUAAAGCUUACACAAUUUUGGGCAAAGAGAAGGUGUUUAAAGGCUGCAGCUGAGCCAUUUCUCCAUUUUGGUUAAUAAUUCACAAAUUCCCACAGAUGACUUUAUUCUUGGCCCCUGCCGAGACUACCCCACCCCAUCCUGCCUUGUAGACUGUAACAGAUUGCACCACAUGGUGUCUGUUAAAAAAAAAAAAAUCCCAUGGGCUCUGGAUAUCCCAUUAAAGGGCUUUAUAUUUUUGUGGGCAAAUUAGCUUAAC